CACCGACUGAUUGGACAGGACUUAAUGAAUUUCUUUUUCUUUCGUCGUUUUUUAGACGUCGUGUCAAAAAAACAACAACUUAAAAACUAUAUAAAAACAACGUAAUGUCUCGUAACACUUGCGUUCUGUUCUAUGCGUUACGUCUUGCUUGUUUUUAGCGCAAGAACGCGUUCGGUCUGUACGUCUCCGUAGUUGUUAUGUAAAGACUAAGUAAUUUCAAGAGAAUGUUGAAAUCGAAUUAAAAUCUAUCAAUCCACAUGAAUUAUUCUUAAUAUUUGACUUUAAGUAUUCGAUCUAUCUAUAUUUCUGGUUACUGUAUAGACUGAAAGACGCGUUGUUUAAAGUAACAUACCUGCAUUAAUAACCUCUGUUAAAUAUUAACGAAUGAAACCACAGUAUGUCUCGCAUUUGCAAAAAGAAGCCAGCUGUAUGCACAGAUGAUCCAAUUUCUAACAGUGACAUCUCCCUAAAACUUGCACUGUUAAGAGACAUAUUCAGUACUAGCUACGGACCUACUGGCAGAUUGAAACAAAUCCACAACAAUGUAGGUGGCCACGUGGUGACAACUUCAACCUCCAGAGUGUUACUGAAAGGGGUUGAUAUGUCUGCGCCACUUCUUAAAUUGAUCUCAACAGCUGUUCAACAUCAUGCUUCACGUUACAGUGACUGUGGGCUGUUUAUGGGGAUAUUCACUCUCCGACUUAUCGAACACACCCAGAAAUAUGGCCUCAGGACUACUGCAGCAGCCAAAGUAUACAAACACCUUUUGGAAGAAUGCAACAGGUAUCUUAAGGGAGACAGCUGUGGUUGUAAAGUCCAAGUGGACCUCAGCAGUUCUGAUUCACUUGUUUUACUGGCCCGCAGCAUGCUCACAAGUAAACCAGCCUGCAUGUUGAACAGUCGAGAGACGCAGCAUAUCAGUUCACUGAUCGCACAGGCCUUUCUGUAUUCCAUUCCAUGUAACUCUACUGGUGUGAGCUGUUUUGGCAGGACGGUCAAUAUUGCCAUUGAGGGCCAAUCAGUGAGUAACUCUGCUGUUUUCCCAGGACUGCUGGUGGAUGUGCCUCUGAUGCUUCAGCCUGCAGACCUUAAGAAACUUGGGCCUGGUCCUUUCAAGGUUGUGCUUUUUAGCACAUCUCUUGCGGGUGAUAUCUCUGAAGUUGGUAAUGUAACUUUGGAGAUCCAAGGGGUGGACCCAGAGCUUGGUGUCCUACAGCAGCUCAUGAAGCUUGGGGAACAAAUAGUUAGGGAUAACGUGGUCUUAUUUGUAUGUCAGAAAGUAGUGCACCCAGUCCUUCAGCAUUAUUUGAGGGAACAUGGGGUGGUCGUGAUAGAGAGACUUGGACUCGCCUUGAUGGAGCCAUUUAUCCAGAUAACAGGGGCUCAGGCUGUUGCCUCCCUGUGCACUCCAGUCCCGACUGAAGCUUACGGGCUGGUCAGAGGCUUCUGUUUCCAGUCAUGUGGAUCAAAAGAGCUACUCCAGAUCCUUUCUUCUAAAAAUGUGGCAUUUAGCACCAUGGCACUUUGCCACAGAAAUGAAACCAUGUUGGAUGAACUCAAGAUGACAUGCCAGAGAGCAGAACAUGUGUUGCGACUAACUCUAAGGGAACCCUACGCCCUGCUUGGAGGAGGCUGCACUGAGACACUUUUGGCCACCCACAUUACACACAUGAAUCAGUCCACAGCAACUGAAACAGCUGCAGUUCUGGGCAUCUCUCACACUGAGUUCCUCAUGGCAGUCAAGGUAUUCUGCCGUUCUCUCCACGAUGUGGCUCUUUCCUUAGAACAUGAUGGGCAGGACUGUCUCUGUGACCUGACAUUUGCCCACCGCUGGGUCAAAGAUAUCAACUCCCAGACCAGUGCUGAGGAAACCUGUGGCUGUGGUCUAGUGAAGGACCGAUCGGAUCUGGAGAAGACCCCUCUAAAUACAGCUUACCAUACUUUCUCUCCUGUUUCCACUGACAAUGCUGACUCUCAGCCUAGAAUAUUAGAUUCAUUCUCUGCCAAGCUCAAUGCUUUGAAUGUAGCAGUUGAGAUGGCUAAUCUUGUUCUAGAUGUUAAAUACAUGAUCAGGAAUAUGAAUUAAGUUUUGCUUUCAAUGAACAUCUGAACUGGUAACCCAUAGAUUGUAGGUUAAAACACUGCACAGUGCGACCUAAUCAUCGACAUGGUGCCCUAGCGCAAGGUACUUAUCCCCAGGCUGUUCCAGGGGUAGAGUUCUUGAACUGAAAAAGGAUAUACCAUAAGGAUACUGCUUUGGGGAGGAAAUCUGUUAAAUGACUAUGUAGGAGUAUCUAGGACAGGGGUAGCCAAACUAUGGCACACGUGCCAGCAUUUGCACAUGGCGGAGUAAUCACUGGCACCCCGGCAACGGAGAGAGCGUAGACCAUUUCAUUUAUAUGAACUUCCGUGCCUGCAUUCCAGUUUGCAUCUUUAUGUAAUUCUUCCUCAUGAUCAUGCAGCGUGUUUUCAUUAGCUGAAUGGGAGGUUAAACAAAAAGUUCAAAUGUGACCAUACUGCAGUAUACCAAAUAGACUCGUGCAGCGUGUGCAAGCCAUUCAAACUUCACAUUCGGUUAUUCGCGCAAAUUGGUCAGGCUGCGCGGAUGACAGCCUACAUUCCGUGUUUGAUUUGAUUCUUUUUGUUUUCAGAAAAACAUGUGAUGUAAUAAGGAAAACACCACUAUUAAUCCUUGAUAUUUCCAACCCAACAUACAGGUACACCCUCCUUAAGCCAUGGUCACACUCAAAAUUACAUUAAACGAUUAAAAGAGAAAAUUUAAAUAUCUAUUAAAAAUAUAAAUUAAACCUGGAUAUAAAGUUUUAGGAUUUUGCAGGUGUGAUUAGACGAAAAGGGAUAAAUAGUUGAUUGACUUCUGAUGUGUGAAUGGAUUUGCACGAGUCUUAUCACAUUUUAACUUUUUGUUUUACCUACCAUUCAGCUGAUGAUAACACGCUGCGUGAUCAUGAGGAAGAAUGACAUCAAGAUGUAGAUUGGAAUGCAGGUGCGAAAAACCUCAUAUAAAUAAAAUAGCCUGCUCCUCUCUCUCUCUAUUGCAUACGUACUAGUGAUUACCCCUCUGCGUGAUUUUGAAAAUAUACAUACAUAAUUUAAGAAAUAUUUAAGAUUCCACACAAUUUCGUGAUCAGUAGUCAAAUAAGCAUAUUUGUGACAUUAACUCUGUUAACUCAUUUUGUACACAAGGACAGGUUUUCUUUCAUUAAAGCACUUUCACAAGA